GCGAUUUAUUUUUUACAUUUUUGUCUUUUUCCCUGAAAAUUUGAAACUCUUUUCUUCUUCUUCUUCUCCUCCUUGGUUGUUCAAAACGCGCUAAAUUACCAGAAAUCUCAGAUCCAUAAAAUUUUCAAGGAGAGCGAAAAACCUCACAAUGGCGGCAUAUAGAGCCGAUGACGACUACGAUUACCUCUUCAAGGUUGUGUUAAUUGGAGAUUCCGGUGUCGGAAAAUCUAACCUCCUUUCUCGAUUCACGCGAAACGAGUUCAGUCUCGAAUCUAAAUCCACGAUCGGUGUCGAAUUCGCCACUCGUAGCAUCCAUGUCGAUGAUAAGAUCGUCAAAGCCCAGAUUUGGGAUACCGCCGGCCAAGAGAGAUAUCGAGCAAUCACAAGUGCAUACUACAGAGGAGCUGUAGGAGCAUUGCUUGUGUACGAUGUCACAAGACAUGUGACAUUUGAGAACGUUGAAAGAUGGUUAAAGGAGCUUCGAGAUCAUACAGAUUCUAACAUUGUCAUCAUGUUUGUUGGGAACAAAGCCGAUCUCCGUCACCUACGAGCUGUUUCCACUGAAGACGCUAAGGCUUUUGCGGAGAGAGAGAACACUUUCUUCAUGGAGACAUCCGCUCUCGAAUCCAUGAACGUCGAGAAUGCUUUCACUGAAGUGCUUUCUCAGAUUUACCGUGUGGUUAGCCGGAAAGCGUUGGAUAUAGGAGAUGACCCGGCUGCUCUUCCCAAAGGACAGACCAUCAACGUUGGGUCUAAAGACGAUGUCUCUGCCGUUAAAAAGGUUGGUUGCUGCUCAAAUUGAUGGUUCUUUCGACUUUCAAGAAUCGGUCUGUUCAUUUCUUUUUGUUGUUAUAUGUGAAGAUCUUGUUCGUUUAGUUGUAUAAUCACACACCUUAUACCAUAUUGAAUACCACUGCGUUUCCAUUUCAAAUGUAUAUGCCAAACAACAUUUGAGUUGAACCUCAAUAUACUGCGUUUCUAAGC